AUCAAUCUAUAAAUAAUAAUAAACAAUAUUUCUACUCUUCACCAAAUACUUCCUCACAAUCAUUACCAUUUGACGAAGAUUUAGAUGGCAAUUUGUUUUAUAAAACUUUGAAAAAAGAUUAUCAAAAAAUAUUUCAUAAAGUUUCAAUAAUUUGUGUCCCACACUCUAAAAGCAUUCUAGGUUUAAGAAUGUCUAAAAAUUUCAUUGAGUCACAUUCUUUUAUUCCAUCGCCAUAUUUUCAGGGUCAAUUUCAAAGUAUUAAUGAUAAAGUAAUGAUAAUAGAAAAUAAUCAUGUAAAAACAUUAAAAGGGUUCAAAGAAGAAAGAAUAAUUAGAAUAUUGAGUGAUGAAUUAGUUUAUAAUGAAGCAUAUAAAUCAGUUCAAGUCCUAGUUUUGGAAAUGCCUUUAGAAGGUGAAUGGAAAAAAAUGAAUAGUGAAAAAUUUGGUGGAAUACAAAUUCCACCAGAAAGAAAUCAUGAAAUGGAUCUACAAUUCUUGAAAAAUAUAUUAUCAUCAUCACAUAAUGACUCUUCAAUAAAAAGUAUGGAGGAUAUGGUGGAAGAGUUUAAAGAAACUUACGUGUAUGUUAGAGGUUAUGCUGGGUUUACUGUAGAUAAAAUUUCCCAGAUUUUUCAAAAAUCUGUUCUGAGUUUUCUGGAAUCCAACGAAACAUUGAGAUCAAUUUGUCAAUUACCACAUGAACAUGAUUAUUUCCUAGAACUAGUAGAAAAUAUUUUGAUGGAUGCUUUACAUGAAAAAAUAUUCAUUCAAUCACUAUUACCAAUUUAUCAUUCACAUGACACAUACCUUGAAUCAAUACUAAAUGUCUAUGCAAAUGCACACAUCACACUUAAAGAUUAUGGUGUAUCAGAACGCCUUCAAGAUAUCCCGGUAGAAAUGUUAGAAUCAGCGCGUGAAAUCUUGAAAUUGAUUGAUGGUGAUAACAACGAGUGUGAAUCAACAACUAUUUCAUCAUAUGCAGGAUUAGGAAUCACCAACAUAGAUGAUCAGGAUGAUAAGAAAUUGACGCAUAAUGAAAACUUUUUAGCUUCUAUACCUUCAACAACUCCAUUAGAGAAAUUGUUUUGGUCAUUAAUUACCACUGAUGAUUUCAUACCCUUACUUGCAUAUGUGAUUGUUAAUAGUAGAUUAAAUCAUUUGGCAAGCGUUUUAUUCUACAUGCGGACUUUUCGUUUAUCAAAAAUUGAGAGAUCGGAAUUAAGCUUUGCUUUGACUACAUUACAAGCAUCGACAGAAUUUAUUAAAUCAGACCCAUUGUCAAUUCACGAUGCUAUAUCCACCACAUCAUCAAUCUCAUCAAUCUCAUCUUCCCAUUCAUCAUUUAAAUUUCCAUCACCGUUAAUCAAUUCAUCUAAUCGUAUACGCAGUCGUGCAACUUCAAUAUCCACACCUUCUUCGCCAAUAAUCUCAUCACAAUUAAAUAAUCCGAAUAUUAACAAUAACGUAUCAACCAAUCAUUCCUCAAAUUAUUCCGUUACAACUCCUACUACAUCGUCACAAACAUCAUCAAAUAAUAGACGUGAUAAAUCACCUGCAAGGUCAUUUACUUCAACUACCAGUUCAAGAACAAGUCCUUCAACGAUUUUGUCUUUUGAUAAUUAUUAUUACAAUUCAAAUAAUAAUAGCCCAUUUUGUGUGCCUACUAUAGAAGAUAACCAUCAUGAUGUUCAUCAACCACCGCAACCAUCAGUAAGAAGAAGAAGAUCUUCAAUUGCACCUGGUGGUCUAGUUAUAAAACCACAAAUUUUAUUAGUUCCUUCGCGUAGCCCUCAACCACGUACUAGUAUUGACAAUGAUCAAUCUUUACCAACAAUAUCUGAUACAUCAAAUAAUAAUGAUGAUGACGGUGACGUUGCUGCACCAUUGCCAUUAAUCAGAUCAUCACAGUCAAGGUCUAAUUCUUUACAAAAAAUAAUUACAAUUACACCACGCACAUCAUCUCAUGCUAAUGGUGGUGGUUCCAAUAACAACAAUUAUAUUAGUUUUUCGAAACCAAUACUCGAAAUUACAACACCAAAACCUGAAAUUUUGGGCGAUUUUCUUUCUGGCUUACAAAAUAUUGACGGUGAUGUUGUUUCUGGUGAUCGUAAUGGUGGAUUCAAAGUUAGAAAAUGGUGA